CCCCCCCCCUCUCUCGCUGUCCACCCCCCGUCCUUCUGGUCCUGUUGGUCAGUCAAUGAGAGUUUCUCUGACACUGAGAGACACUUCUGGACCAGCUGAGAGAGAGACACCACAGAUCUGAGCAGGGGGAAAAUCCCUGCAGUACAAAGGAGAGGUGGGAUGAAAAACAACCUCCGUAGAGUCUGAGAGCUCACAGAGACAUCUCUGACCUUCAGACCGAGAGCUGAUAAUCUGCUCGUCCUUUAAAACGCCAUCAGCUUCAGUCAGCUCAGAUAUCCUGAGCAGUUCUUUCCUCUUUCGUUCCUGAACAACCUUCCAAGGAGGAACUUUCCCGGUCCGACCCCGGCCAUGUGUCCCUUCGUCCCCUCCCUCCUCCUCGUCCUCCUCCUGGCUGCUCCGGCACUCCUGACCCCAUCGACCUCGCAGGAGUUAGAGGUCAGAGGUCAAAGGACACCGAGGGACACCAAGCAGGACUCCAUAAAGGUGGUGAUCUCCGAGGGCUGCGCCACUCAGGGUGAUUCCUCCGACGGCAGCCAGGGAGGUAAAGAAAUCGACCUGACUCCCGGUUCUCCUCUGAUCCUGACCCAUAAGAUCAAACUGGUCCCAUCAGGGUCAGGAUCCGGGUCUUGCGGCUGUGAGACGGACUUUGCUGCCCUGCGGGAGCGUCUGGAGAGGCUGGAGAGGGAGGUGUCGGCCCUCCGGGAGAAAUGUGGAGGAGCUGAUGGAGGCUGUUGCACCUCCAAGGAGAGCAAAGGUGCAGGUUGCUCCAUCAAACCAGAGAUUGACGAGUGUCCCAAUGAGUGCAGCGAUCAGGGUCGCUGUGUGGACGGCAAGUGUGUCUGCUUCCCUGGUUAUAGUGGACCAGACUGCAGCGAGUCCAACUGUCCCGGAAACUGCAACGACAACGGAAGGUGUGUGAACGGACAGUGUGUAUGUGAUCCUGGUUUCACUGGUCCCGACUGCUCGCAGAGAAGCUGCCCCGAUAACUGCAACAACCAUGGAAGGUGUGUGAACGGCAGGUGCGUGUGUGACAGCGGCUUCACAGGUCCAAGUUGCUCAGAUGAAUCCUGUCCUGGAAAUUGCAACAACAAGGGGCGCUGCGUCAACGGACAGUGCGUGUGCAAUCCUGGAUUCACCGGCCCGGACUGCUCCAAGAAGGCAUGUCCCAACAACUGCAACGGCCGUGGAAGGUGUGUAAACGGUAAAUGUGUGUGUGAUGCCGGAUUCACCGGUGCUGACUGCUCUGAGAAUUCAUGCCCAGGAAACUGCAACAACAAGGGGCGCUGCGUUAAUGGACAGUGUGUCUGUAAAGCUGGAUUCACUGGACCGGAUUGUUCAAAAAGGGCCUGUCCUGAUAACUGCAACAACCGUGGCAGAUGUGUAAACGGUAAAUGUGUGUGUGAGAGUGGCUUCACCAGUGCAGACUGCUCUGAGAUUGCCUGUCCUGGAAACUGCAACAACAGAGGGCGCUGUAUAAAUGGGGAGUGCGUUUGCGAUGAUGGAUUCAACGGGCCGGACUGCUCGGAAAAAACAUGCCCUAAUGACUGCUACGACCGCGGAAGAUGUGUAGACGGUAAAUGUGUGUGUGACAGUGGCUUCACUGGUGACGACUGCUCAGAGAACGCCUGUCCAGGAAACUGCAACAACAGGGGGCGCUGCGUUAACGGACAGUGCGUUUGUGAUGAUGGAUUCACCGGCGAAGACUGCUCUGAGAACUCCUGCCCAGGAAACUGCAACAACAGGGGGCGCUGCGUUAACGGACAGUGCGUUUGCGAUGAUGGAUUCACCGGCGAAGACUGCUCUGAGAACGCCUGCCCAGGAAACUGCAACAACAGGGGGCGCUGUGUUAACGGACAGUGCGUUUGCAAUGAUGGAUUCACCGGCGAAGACUGCUCUGAGAACGCCUGCCCAGGAAACUGCAACAACAGGGGGCGCUGUGUUAACGGACAGUGCGUUUGCAAUGAUGGAUUCACCGGCGAAGACUGCUCUGAGAACGCCUGCCCAGGAAACUGCAACAACAGGGGGCGCUGCGUUGACGGACAGUGCGUUUGUGCUGAUGGAUUCACCGGCGAAGACUGCUCUAAAAAAGCUUGUCCCAACAACUGCAGCAACCGAGGGAAGUGCGUGAAUGGGAAGUGUGUUUGUGACGUGGGCUUUGCCGGGCCGGACUGCGCCACCAAAGGCUGUCCAAGCAACUGCAACAACAAAGGACGGUGCGUCAAAGGGAGGUGUGUCUGCAGGCGUGGGUUCACCGGAACAGACUGCAGCCAGUGUGAGGAGGGGAUGACGGGACCCAAUUGUGAUAUCGUCAUGUCAGGUGUCUCUCAGUUGAGUACUCGGGACAUCACAGAGACGUCCGUCACUCUGGUCUGGACUCCGCCUCCCGUCCAGUACGAGACCUAUUACAUCACCUUCACCAGCCAGAAGGAGAGUGACCAGCAGAUGACUGUGCAGGUGGAGGGCAGCCUGACCACAUUCACGCAGACGGGCCUGGCGGCGGGUCAGGAGUACACCGUCAGCAUCACUGGAGAGAUCAACGGCAGGAGGGGAGCCGAGAGUUCUGCUGAAUUCAUGACCCUCAUCUCUGGUCCCACCAACCUCCAAGUCGUCAAGACAACCUCGACGUCUGCAGUGGUCCAAUGGGAGCACUCACAGGGUGAGAUUGAUAGGUACCGUUUGACCGUCACACCCAGCGACGGAGCAGGAAGGAGUCAAGAAAUGACCGUCCCGGUUGGCCAAAACUCUGCCCACAUCCUGCAGCUGGAGGCGGGGCAUUUGUAUGACAUCAUACUCGUGGCAGAGAAGGGCUCGAGCCGGAGUGAGCCCGCAACCACCCAAGUUACUCCCGGCCCGGAGCCUCCCACCAACAUAGUCUUCAGUAAGGUGACGGAAAACUCUCUGACGGUGUCCUGGACCAAACCCAAGAGUAAAAUCAAUGGUUUUAAGGUCACCUACACCCACACAGAGGAGGGUGAGCCGGUGUCAGUGUCCGUGGACUCAGAAGACUCAACCGUCGGCCUAUCAAGGCUCUCACCUGGUUCUUCUUACGAGGUCAACGUCAUCUCCAUCCUCGGCCUGGAUGAGAGCGAUCCAAUCAAAGACUUGGUCAUGACACUCCCUGACCCGCCUACAGACCUCCGGGCUGUAAACGUCACCGACACUAAGGCCUUGUUAUUGUGGCGUCCUGCGUUGGCAGCCAUUGAUAAAUACGCCAUCGUUUAUGGAUCUGAGACGGGACCAGAGUUGAGGGUCACUGUGUCUGGAAACGCAGCAGAGCAGCAGCUUAGUGGUCUGGAGGGAUCCACCACCUACACCGUCACCAUAACCAGCCAGCUGGGCAGCCUGAAGAGCUCACCGACCACCACCACGUUUACCACCACUGGAGGCUCUGGGAGGGAUGGGGACGGGCCACGAGAUCUCCAGGCCAGCAAUGUGACCCCUCGCACUGCCCAGUUGUCAUGGAAACCACCCUCAAAUCCUGCAGGCAGCUACAGACUGACCUAUCAGACUGAAGGUCAAGAAAUGAAGGAAGUGAUUGUGGACGCUUCAGUAACUGAGUACAACCUGACCAGACUCCACCCCGGGUCCAAGUACACGGUGCAGCUACAGGCAGAAGGAGGAGGACGAUACACUACUGCCAUCUCCACGGAGUUCACCACCGGCACCCUGAGGUUCCCGUUCCCCACAGACUGCUCUCAGGAGCUGCUGAACGGCAUCAGGACAUCAGGCGAGGUGGAGAUCUUCCCUCAGGGGAAACACGGGACGCCGAUGAUGGUCUACUGCGACAUGGAGACAGAUGGAGGAGGCUGGACGGUCUUCCAGAGGAGGAAGGACGGCUCGGUGGAUUUCUUCAGAGGGUGGAAGGAGUACAUUAAAGGAUUUGGGGAUCUGAGUGGAGAGUUUUGGCUGGGUCUCGAUAGCCUCCACAACCUGACUACGAUGACCAGGAUGAUUCUGCGUGUCGACCUGCGAGACAGAGACCAGUCGGUGUUCGCUAAAUACUCGACGUUCGAGGUGGCCAAGAGGAACUACAAACUGACUGUAGGCGGAUACAGCGGCACUGCAGGUGAUUCUCUCAGUUAUCACAACAACCGGGUCUUCUCCACCAGAGACCGGGACCCGACGCCGUUCAUCACCCGCUGCGCCAUGUCGUACCGAGGAGGCUGGUGGUACAAGAACUGCCAUGAGGCGAACCUCAACGGCCUCUACGGCAUCGACGUCAAACACCAGGGUGUGAUCUGGACCAGCUGGAAAGGAAAAUUGUUUUCCAUCCCAUUCACUGAGAUGAAGAUGAGACCAGCAGCCUUCAGUCCUCCAACCAGAGGAUGAAGGAGAGACAGAAGAUAAUGAACUGUUAAACACACGCGUGGACAGCAGUGUGUCAAUACAUGUGCAAACACACACACACACACACACACACACAAACACACACACACACUCAUUUUAACAGGGAGCCUCGCUCUCACUUCAGAAGAGAUGAAGACGUAUUUUUUCACUUGUAUAGAGGUCAGUUAUCAGUAUCAGUUACUGUAGAUUGUACAGUUUGAUCUUUUCUUCUUUAAAGCAGGGUUCCUCCCACUGUCUCUGUAUUUAAAGGGUCAGUUCACCCACAUUACAAAAACACACAUUUCCUUUUUUUUGGUUUCAUGCGCCGAUAUUCUGAGAUAUCUGAAACUUCACCACCACCACCAGACGGCGGAUUUGGAGAAAUAUUCAUGGGGUGGCAGAAAUAUAUGCAGAUUUAAAGGUCCAUUAUGUAACAUUUAAAAUGAUCUAUUGGCAGGAAUGGAAUAUAAUAUUCAUAGGUAUGUUUUCAUUAAUGUAUAAUCACCGGAAAAUAAGAAUUGUUGUGUUUUUGUUACCUUAGAAGUCAGGAGUCCGCCAUGUUGAACCACCAUGUUUCAACAGCAGCCCAGAACAAACAAACAGGACACUGGCUCCAGAUCGGCAGUCAACCAAUCCCAACCUUGUAAUUUUGUCCAGUCACAACAAAAUUUCUGCACAUUUGACUAUCUCAUAUUGGGAUUUUUUUAACUCGAAAACAUUAUUGUGGCACAUUAAAGAAUUGAACUGAAAUAUCUAAAGGUGACAUUAGAAAUCACUACAUCUUGAAUCUUAAGACAUUUUUACAAAACGUUCUUUGAACUUGAGACCGUCACUGAGUCUAAAUGUGGCAAUAAUAGAUCAAUUAAUCAAUUUCUGUUUUUUAAAACAUUAUUUUUAAAGUUAAUCUAAAUUAUUGUUUUAAAUUUGACACCAAACUGGGGCAGCAGCCACCCCUCUGAAUCCGCCCCGGCACAGGACCACUUUCACAGGCGUAAAUGUAGCUGAUGUUGGCAGCACUUUAAUCACUUCUUCAGGUCUUCAGGUUGGUAACUCUCCACAACUGCAACUCAGAGGUGACUUUCUGUUUGGCUUUUCAUUGUAUUUGAUGUAAAUAGUUGCAUGUGGUAGAAAUUCAGCCUUGACCAGCCUUGUAUUGACGUAAUUAAACUUCAUACUGUGGGCUUUAAUUUGUCUUAUACAUGACAACAAGUUAAAAACCAAAAAUGUUAACCUGAAAUGAAACCAAACAGAGGAUCUGGUUGUCAUUUGAAGCCUUUAGAAGCCCAACUGUUCAUUCAGACCUGCUUUAAAGCUCGGCAGUGCCCCCUGCUGUUCACUGUAAGAUAUAUCAGAUGCACUGUGGCCCUUCAGUAGACAGUCUAUGGGUACAGCCCUGAGGACGAGCAGGUGAGUGAUGGAGACUUUUGUUUGUACUUGUUGUGGUUCAGCUGCAGACCGUCAUCUCAGUGUUUGUCCCUCUGUGUUUUUGUAAAUCUCUCUAUGUUUUAUUUUCCUUUUUAUGAUUCCCCCCUAAAAGAAUACAACAAUAAAAUGAUUGAAAAUGAAA